AUGAGUGGGCAGGGCACUCGACCAGAGCCCGACGCCCGGGACGCACGCUGCACCUCCGGAGGGUUGGGAGGUGGCGGGCAGCGUGCUUACGAGGGCUGGUCUUGGCAAGGCCGCCCCUGGUCUGAGGAGUGGGGGCAGCGCGGCUGUCAGCCAGGACCGACGUCGCCAGGGACCAGCACAGGCUGGUACUGGCAGGAUUGCCCCUGGUCUGAGGAGUGGGGGCAAAGCAGUUGGCAACCAGGGUCUGGCGGCUACUGCGGGUCCGUUAGGUACGAGGGCAGCGGGCCCUCUGGACAGGAGCGCGGCGACGACAAGUUCGUGCCCGAAUGGGACGGGAAAGCCGUGCCUCUAAGGACGUACGAGCGGCGCGUGAAGAUCUUCGAGCUGAACGCGGCCAUCCUGCCCGAGCGUCGGGGCGGGCGGCUUUCCUUCGAGGAGACGCUGAAGGUCGGCACGCUCGUAGAUGAGUUCGUGGAGAAGGUCAGCCGGAACGCUGGCGAGGAGAUCAUGGACUUCGAGACGCGGUACGAGGCCAAGGUGCGCGAACUCGAGGAGGCGAUGGAGGAGCCGCUCAACAAGCACUUGAAAGCCCACUACUUCCUGAAGAAACUGCGCGUGGGCGGCGACAAGGAGAGCCAGAUCACCACUGGUGCUGGCAACGAGCUGGUCUACGAGAAACUUCGCGACUCGGCUAAAGCUUGCAUUCCUCGGGUGUCUAUGCUGAGGAAUCGGGCGGCGGCGCCGUUCAACGGAGCCAACCGCGAGUACCUGAACAGGAAUCGCCGGAGGCUCGGUAAACCCUUAGGCAGGGGCGGCGCCCGAAAGGUCCACGCUACCGAAAACGCCGAAGCCGAGGCUGAACGCGAAGGCGCCGAGGCCGAGGGCCCCGACGCGUCCGCCGAGGAGGACGACGACGACGAGGAGCCGGACUCGGAAGUCGACGCUGGCGUGGACCCGCAUAUCGCGGAGAACGAGUUGGUCCCUGAGGAGCUCCAGGCGUACCUCACGGAAAACGAGGUGCUCAUGGCGCAGGCUAAGAAGGCGCGCGCCGAGGCUGAGAAGGCGCGCGACUUCUACCGUGGACCUGGCGGCAGGGCCAGCGGAGGCCGAGGCGCCGAUUCCGAGCGCAUCCGGAAGCUCAAGCUGACGCUCCCGUGUAAGCGAUGUGGCAGGCUGGGCCACUGGAAGGACGACCCUGAGUGCCCUCGGGCCCCGGGGAAGGCUAGCACGGCUGGUAAGGCGGCCGGUGCGGAAGGCAAGGGCACGUGGGUCGUGGCCCGCGCUGAAGAGCCCGCGGAGCGGGAGAAAGAACCGGCGGAGCCGGCGCACCUGGAUGGAGGCUCAUCCAUCGAGGUCGGCGGCGCCAACAAAGACGGAAAAGGGAAUGCUGGUGCGAAGGGGAAUGCCGGUGCGAAUGUGAAUGGAGGCGCGGCCGGUGCGCAGGAGUUGCGGCGCGAAGUUGAAUGCCGGCGCGAAGGGAACUGCCCGGGCGAAGUCGACAAUGGCGUGAAGAUAACGCGCUUCAGGAGCGAGGAGGAAGAGGAGGCUUUUCCCCUAUGUGUCUCCCCUCCUUCUUCCAACCUCCAAGCCGCCGCGGGACAUCCGAUGUCCGUACUAGUCGCAGAAACGGGCGACGCUGUGUGGCUGAUCGUUGUGGACACGGCGUGUGCUAAGUCCGUGGCGGGGCUCCGGUGGUACCGGCGCUUGGCCAUCUACGUUAGGAAGAACUGGGGCAUCGAGCUCGAGACAGUCACCGAGCGCGAACCUUACCGGUUCGGACCGGGGAAGACGAUCUACAGCUCCCAAGCGUUGCUGUUGCCCAUGGAAUGGGACGGCAAGGGGGCCGUGAUUAGGAUCAGCUUGGUGGAAGAGGACGUUCCGCCAUUGAUCUCGGGCGGAGCCCUGAAGGCCCUGGAGGCCCAUAUCCACAUGAAGGAGGCCGAGAUCACACUCGGUGCCCUCAGCAAGGCCAGGCACAAGCUCAGGGAGCUGCCGUCGGGGCACCUGGCCAUGGCUGCUGUCAGUUACGGACCUGGGGGGCCAGGAGCGGGCGCACAGGAAGCCGUGAGCCGCUGCCGGGCCGGGGCUGAGAUCGCGCUGUAUGGGCGCGUCCGCGGAUCCCCGUACGAGGCCGUGCGCCGUGCGCUUUACACGGACCCGUACGGCGAGCACGAGCAAGCGCCGUCUUCGGUGGCCCUGGGGCGCGCGCGCGGGCAGAUGCCGCCAUGGCGCCCGACUGUCGUGCAGUGUCGCAGCGGAGCUGCGAGGGCGAGUGUGGCAACUCGGUUGGUAUUCAUGGCAUGGAGGGCCUGGUAUCAGGAGUUGUUGGUGGAUUACCUGGAGCGGGAGGUCCUCACCCUCCGCCAGAGGGAGGACACCCCUCGAAGCAUCUGGGAGAUGCGGAAGGCAGAGCUGGUGACGCUGGCCAUGCAGCGACUCGGCUGGCAGAGGGCCCGCGCGGAGGCAGAGACCGCUGGUCAGUUGAGGCUCGUGCUUCGAGAAAAGAAGGACGAGAUCCAAGCGUCGGAAGUGGAGAAAGACGACCCUCGAACAACCUUACCGACGGGCCUCACCAAUAUGAAGUUGGCGCAGUUGCAGGAGGAGGCCGCGGUGCGGCAGAUACCGCUGACACGGUCGAACGGCGCCGACAAAAGACGGGAAGAGCUCAUCCGAGACGUCAGGCUGUUCGUGAGCGAAGCCGUCGAGCGGUUCAGCGGCCGCGCGGGGGACGCGCCCGGUGCUGGCAGCCAUGCGAGCACGCAGGCUGCCGGCGGCGGGAAGCAAGGGCGCGGCAGCGCCCGAAACCGACGUUUGAAGGGCCCCACGGCGACGGCAGUGCGCAAGGCAUGCCUGGGCAUCGCCUCGGCAUGGUUGCUUGGGGUAGCCACCCUCGGGACCUGGCUCGAGGAAACUGGCGGCGGGCAGUGGGCCCGUCACCGUUGGGGUACGGACCGCGUGGGCGUGGUCGAGUUCUUCGGAGGCGGCAGUGACGUCAGUCGCAUCGGAUCCAAGAAUGGUUGGUGGUGUCUCCGUCCUGGGGACGCGAAGUGCGGAGCCGACCUCGCACAGGAGUCCGAGCAGGCGGAGGCCUUGGGAAUGUUGAGCGAUGUGCGACCGAGGUUGGCUGUGGUGGAGCUCCCUGGCUCCUCAGUCGGCGGCGCCCAACGCGGUACUCACCAGAGCAAUGCCGAUCAGCAGCGACAACGAGCCGAGCGACGACGGCAGCGGUCGCUGAUGGAGUUUACCCGGAAGGUGUUCGAGGUGCAGGCGGAAAAUGGCGGUUGCGCCCUGGUGAGGAAUGAGUCAGCCAUCCACGCGGUGGAGGCCCUCCCUUCGGUUGAGGUAGUCAAGGGCGGCCUGUGCGUGAGAGGAGUCACGGGUCAGCCAGCGUGGUGGGCGACGAACUGCCCUGAGAUCGCAGCGGUGCUGCGGCGAGAGUGUUCCGUGGUGCACGAGCGUCGCUCGGGGGUCAACGACAAGGCCACAUCAAGCACUGGGCGACAUUCUUUAGCGCUCGGUGUGCUUCGAGGGCUCAAGCGCCAUCUGACGCGCGUGGAGCCUGAGAGGAUCGGGUGGCGCGGACGGCUCCCGGGAACGCGGCCUUCAGGUCAGGGUCGCAGCGUGCGCGAGGGGCGCGCGACGAAACUCGAACCAGGACCAGCAUCUUACCCCACAGGGCUCGGAGAGACCGACGGCGGGAAUGCGAUCCCUCAGGGGAUUCCGUUUAAGUUUCCAGACACUCCGAUGGGCAAGUCGCUGGCCCAGCGGAUGACGCCGGAGCUACGUCGGAACCUGCGUCGACUCCACCUCAACACGGGGCACGCGAGCCCCGAAGAUUUGGCUAGGUUAGUCGCCAAGGCCGGCGGCUCCGAGGUGGCGGUCGCGGGAGCCAAAGCACUCCGGUGCUCCAGCUGUGCGGAACGCCCGCGAGCGAGGCCCCCGCGGCCCGCGCGACUUCGAGAGGACGACUUGUCCUUCAACGAGGUCGUGCAAGCAGACCUGUUCAAGAUUCCCGACCAGUGCGGAACAGGUUGGUGGUUCCUGUUGGUGCAGGACGUGGCGACGGGGUACUGCACGAUCGGGCUGAUCAAUGCGCACAGCAGCGAAGAACUGUGGGGGCAGUACGAGCGUUUGUGGCUCUGCUGGGCGGGGCCACCAGAUCAGUUCGUGACAGACAACGAGCGGGGGCUCGUCAGUGGAAGCUUCGUGGACGCCCUCUCGAGGAGCGGCACCGCGUACGACCCUACCGCGGCGUACGCGCCCUGGCAGAAAGGCAAGGUCGAGCGGAAGAUCCAGGAGGCAAAGAACGUGAUGAAGAAAAGCAUCCGGCACGGAGCGUAUUCUGGGAUCGAUGAGAUGCAAGCUCUCGCGUGGGAAACUGCGUCAGCCCUCAACCAUUUCCCUGGGCAGUGCGGCUACAGCCCAUCACUGCUUCUCUUCGGUCAGAAGAUGAAGCUUGUCGGCGAGUGCUGGCACGAGGGCAAAGCGGUGAGUCGCGGCACUCCGGCGGAGUGGAAGGAAGGCGAACGCGUGUUCUUUUUCCGGUCUUACCGCACGGAGAGUGGACGCCGGGUCAACGAGCCGGAGCGGUGCGGACCUGCUCUGGUGUUCGGGAGGCGCAACGACAACGUUUGGGUUCAGUACGGCGGCAAACCGUUUCUGGUUGCGCCAGAACACUUGAGGCCUCUGAGCCCAGAGGAGCAACACCUGGCGGAGGAUGCCGACCUCGCCCGGUAUCUGGACGAGAUUCGACAGGCUAUGAGCCGCGAAGAGUUUGAAGACCUCACUGGCCUGAAUGCCGGACCGGAUGAAUUAGCGGCCGCGGACGGACUCGUUCAGGGGGAAGCCUCCGAGCAGGAGCGGGAAGGCCCUGGGGGCGGGGGAGUGGUCGAGGUGGACCCUCCUGCGCCCGGGGGCACCCCCAUGGAGGAGGCCCGAGACGAGGCCCAAGGCAGCGGACUGCCUCGGGGCGUACCGCGCGAACUGGAACGCUUCAUCACCAUGCCAGGCUGGCAUGUGAGUGAUCGGGGCUGCCCGGUGCGGAGCCUCGGUGAGGCCUGGGCCAGAGUUACGCUGGACGCGCGAUCCCCGCUCGAGAAAUGGCCGCUCAGGACGACUUACGAGAAACACGGCGGCGAGUGGCGCUGCACAGAGCAUCGGGUCCGGUGGGCCCAGCUGACGAACCCGAGGGAGCUAUUGCGGCCGGCAGCAGAUCGCAUGCUCGUGGUGUUCGAAGAAGAGAAAAAGCGCCAGCGAGAGCCGACGCUCGCGACAGUCGAAGGACCCGCCGCGGUGCGGCGGACGGGCGAGGCCCCGAGUGGGGCCAGUUACCAGGCUCACCAGGUGAUGACGGCGUAUCACCGCGGGACGGGGUCCGCACUGCUGGACCGAAAGACUCAAGAUCGCGAGCUUAAGUGGGGCGAAAUAGCGCCUAAGGAUCAUGAGGCGUUCCAGGCCGCUGUGGAGAAGGAGUGGGAUUCUUGGCUCCGCUACAGGUGCGUGUCGGUGCUGGAGCCAGAGGCCUCACAGGAAGUGUUGCGGACAGUGGACCGGAGUCGGAUCCUCGGGAGCGACAUGAAGCUCAAAGACAAAAAUGCCGCCCUAAGGACGCCCGAAAAUGAUCUGCCGCUCAAGGCUAAAGCACGGUUGUGCGCGCAGGGCCAGCACGAUCCCGACGCGAAGCUCGGAACAGUCAAGACGGACGCUCCCACGGUGCAGCGAUCUGGGUUCCACGCCUACCUGCAGUUAUCGGCGAACUUGGGGUGGCUAUCUCAGUUGGCCAUCGGUAUGCUCAUUGUGCACGUGGACGAUUGCAUGUUAGCCCACGACGGCAGCGCCGAGAUGCGUGCCAAGGAGGCGAGGCUGCGCGAACGUUUUCCUUUCGGGUCUUGGACGGUGGUCGCGCAGCAGGCCGAGGGAGAUGUGUACACCGGUCGUCGGAUCAGAGUGGACGGGUCAUGCGUCGAAGUGGGAAUGCCAGAGUUUGUCGAAGGGAGACUCGAGGAGGUGAAGGUCGACCGUCAGGCAAAAGGUGAGGACCCAGUGAGCCCCCUCGCGAAGGCUGAGUUUCAGUCAGCGACGGGGUCGCUCCACUGGCUGGCAAGCCAGUACCGUCUCGACAAAGCCUACGAGACAAACCGGUUUCAGAAAUUGCAAAAGGCGCCCACCUGGUCCGACGCGAGAGAACUCAACAAGUGUAUUCGAGACGUGAAAGCCAGCGGAGGCGCUCGGCUUCGGAUCGCUCCCAUUAAAGGGAGGAUGGGCGUUGGCUGUUGGCACGACUCGUCCCUGUAUGGGAAUGUGAGCGAGCUCAUUGAGGGAGACGAGGACCUCAAACGGUUCGAUCGCGUGGCUGCCAUCGACCUCGACUGCUUGGAGCAGGACGAGCUGCCGAUAUCAAUCCUGGACUGGCGAAGCCGAGCCAGUCAUCGGGUGGUGACGUCGACGUUCUCGGCGGAGACGGCGGCGUGCCUAGAGGGCCACGGGAUGGCCUACUACAUGCGGGCGUUGCUGUGUGAGGCAACCUACGGUUGGAGCGGUACUCCUGUCGUGGAGUACGGUGAGGAUGAAAUGCCUCUCACGCUAUUCACCGACUGUCGUAGUCUGUACGACCACGUGAAGGUCGAAGGGAACAUCCCCGACGAUCGCCGUGCGGACGCGAUGGAUCGCGGCGCGAGUGGUGCCGGCUCCGACGCGGGGCAUCGCAGCGGCCGCCGAGGCAAAGAGGCCCCGCGGCGCGGGGAGGAGCCGACGGCUCAGACCACGCGGAGCCGCAGCCGCGGUAAAGGAGAAGAACCCCCGCGGCGCGGGGAAGAGCGGCGGCGCUCGCCGGCGGAGCCAGCGGAGCCGGCGGAGCCAGCGAGGGUCGAGCGAAGGGCGACGCCCCCGAAACGCACGGGGUGCGGAGACGGUGGCGGCCCAGUGUGCUUCACCCGGCGCCACCUGGGGGGUGACGGGGGGAGUAUCGAAUCCUACCCGUCGGAGCACGCGGCGCUGAAGACGGCUGACCAUUUCAUGGUCUUCACGCAGCUGGAGGUGGACCAGCUGCCGAACUCGGAGUGGAGCCUAUGGGUGUCUAACUUUCUCAGGGUGGCGUACCCUGGGGCACUGGUGCCCGGCAAGGACAGCGCCGAGGAGUUAGCGUACCGCUGGAACAACGUGGUGCACCAGGACGGCUUGAAGUACAAGCGCUGGACACUGGUGAUGGACCUGCUCAAGACUUACCCGCUGGCAGCGACGCACUGGCAGGCGGCGGCGCAGCGGAGGCUGAUGGUCAGCAUCCCGCCGCCAGCUGCAAGCGCACGGGAUGCAAGCGCCAGAGACUCAGACUCGGAUUCGGAGUACAGUUCGGACGAAAAGCGUGCCGCGCCAGAGGUCGGCGCGAAGGCACGGGCCGAGGUUGAGCACGACGAAAGGUCCUGCUCGGCGCGGCGCGCCAGGGCGGAGGAAGACUCGGAGGGCGACGACGGGUCGUCAGGCCGACGCUCUCGCCGACCGCCUCGCGCCCGGAGCCCGUCGCCGGAGGCGCACGUCGAGGAGCACAAGGGCGGCAAAGGCUCGAAGGGUGACAAGGGUAAGAAAGGCAAGGGCUCGAAGGGCGAGAAGGGCAAGGGCACCAAGGGCGGCAAGUCUAAGAAGGGGCCUCUGCCGGGGUCGAUUCCCAGCGAAGUUCUCAACCCGAACAUCUGCCGGCUCUGCUUCAAGGAGGGGCACUGGGGCAACCAGUGCCCGGUGUACUACCAGGACGGGACGCCGAAGGAGGGGCCGGCGCCCUGGGGGAAGCCGGCCGAAGCGCCAGACACGACGGCUCCGAAGUGUGGCGAGGGCAGUCUUGGCUUGGUCAAGCUCGGCCUGAAGUUCUCCCAGGAGCUGCGCCUGCUUGCGGACUUCGACGACCAGCUGCGAGCCAUCCUCGCGCGCGGCAAGGAGCUGCGGGAGCGGCUGCUGUUCGAGGACGUGGACCGCGCGGGCUGGUUCGGCGCCGCGAGCGUCAGCGCGCUGGAGGUGCAGCGACUGAUCGAGAGGCACAUGGACAUGCACCAGAGAGCGCAGAAGCUGGCGAGGCAGCUCAAGCUGAUGAGCCGG